AUGGAGCAGGGGAGGCAUGCAGAUGAUGAGACGUCGGGGUAUGUGGUCAGGGUGCUGAUGGGUAACGCCAACCCCAAGCUGGGGAGGGACAUCGCGGAAGCGCUGGGCGAGCGCCUGAGCGACUGCGAGAUCGCCAAGUUCGCGGAUGGCGAGAUCAACAUGCAGAUCAAGGAGAACAUCCGAGGGGCGGACGUCUACACCAUCAAGCUCUCCUCGGCCAAGCGCAUCACCGCCGUCAUCCCCUACUACGGCUACGGGCGCCAGGACCGCAAGACCCGCCCGCGCGUGCCCAUCUCCGCCAGCGCCGUCGCGCAGCUGAUCGAGGCCAUGGGGGCCGACCGCGUCGUGACGGUGGACCUCCACUGCGGCCAGAUCCAGGGCUUCUUCCACCACACGCCCGUCGACAACCUCUUCGCCGAGAGCGAGUUCAUCGACACGCUCAGGUCCAAGUACCCCGACCCGAGCGACGUCGUGAUCGUCUCGCCCGACGCCGGCGGCGUGAUGCGCGCCCGCCGCAUGGCCGACACGCUCCACGUCGAGAACGUGGCCACCAUCCUCAAGCGUCGCGGCAAGGCCAACGUCGUGGACUCGAUGCAGAUAGUGGGCUCGGUGGCGGGCAAGAGGUGCGUGAUCGUCGACGACAUCAUCGACACGGCGGGCACGCUGUGCAAGGCCGCCGAGCUGCUCAAGGACAACGGCGCGACGGACGUCAUCGCCUGCGCGACCCACGGCGUCUUCUCCGACUGCGCCAUGGACCGCCUCAACGCGUCGUGCCUCUCCGCGGUCUACGUGAGCGACUCCAUUCCCCAGGAGCACAACAAGCAGCGCUGCGACAGGCUCCACGUACUCUCCAUCGCGCCUCUCCUCGCCCGCGCCAUCCGCCGCGUCCACGACGAGAAGUCCCUCUCCGUCCUCUUCCCCCACACCUAA